CACCACCACUCCUUUCGUGAGAAAUCGGCAGAAAAUGGGGAAGUGAGGGGAAAAGAGAAAAACGGAAACCCGGAAGGACGGAAAUUAGGCCACCCUAAGUGGAUCAGCCAAUCGAGGAGGGAUUGCUGCGAAUCUUCCGAACCCUACCUUGUUUUCCGGUUAAGGGGAGAUCGACGAUCCUUCGAUCGGGUCUCUCUUCAUUCACCUUCCGAUCCCUCCGUCGAUUAGAGAAAGGCCGCGACCCGAUCGGGCCCUCACCGCUGAAUAAUGAGCAAAUGGUUGUGUUCCGGGGAGAGGCUUUGAUAUAGAUUUUGGAGGUUCUGCCUUCUCCGAUUUGUUACCGUCCUUGGAAUUGCUGGAGAUUUAGGGUUCGUUUGGUGGAUUGGGGGUUGGGAUUUUCUGGUGGGUUGGUCGCGAUCUUGUUUUUGGACAUUGAAUUCUGGGAAAAUUACCUGGGCGAUCGCGGGUGAUUUGCCCUUGUUUCGUGUGCUGUGAAGAUGAGGAUUGUGAAAUGAAGGGGGCGGAGGUUAGGGUUUUGGGUGUCGAUCGAUUUGUCGGUCUAGAUUUUGGGGUGCUUGUUCGUGGAAUACGGAGAAGGGAGGAACUGGUGUUUGUUGUUGAGCCGAACGCUUCAGUGGUACCGAUUAGUUAGGGUUUUCUAGGGUUACAGGAGGGGGAGAACGAAUAAGGGAUGUGUGGUUGUUGAGGGGUUUUGAUCAGGAUACGCUUCGUUAACUAAAAAUGCAAGCCAGACGCCGAAGUCCCGGAGAUGGACCAAGGUCGAAGAAUCCAGGGGUGGGUUUGCGCGCCGGCCGAAUAUCGCCGGAGAAUUCGGUCCGUGGCCAGGGCUUCUACAGCCAGGAGUAUAGGGGAUACAGUCGCGCUUACAAUAGGGGCCCAGCGAAACAUUAUACUUCGCCACCACCCCCCCCUCCGCCUCCUCGGAGAGGUGAUGUUCUGAUGGAAGCAGGUAGGCUUGCUGCCGAGUACUUGGUUUCUCAAGGCCUGUUGCCGGCACAUUUGCUGCCUGGUCGGUGGGCCAACGGGAGUUCGAAAGGUUAUGCGGGUGAAUUUCAGGAUUUCAGGUCGCGUGAUAAGGGAAGCCUUCCGACUCAGUCGGACGGCAGGACUUCGGCCCUCGCUCGUUUGGGGCACGCAGGGCAUGACGUCAGUGUGCCUGGUAGAGACGAUGAUGUUUGGUCUGUGCAAGUGGGGAACUCGGAUGUGCCUUUCUAUGGAAGGAGGAGGUUUGCCGAUGAGCAGCCAGGAUCGAGAACAAGAGGGAGACGCAGGGCGGGUUCGUUUAGAGGCUAUGGCUCUGAUUGGAGUAGGGAAAAUGGAAGGCCUGGGGGCCACAGUUCGGAGAGGCCCGCUACAUUCUCUGAAAUGCCCGAGAGUGAGGAAGAUGCUCCCAACUGCCGUGGUGAUAAACUGGCUGAUACUGACGGAGAAGAGACGCGGAAAGUUAGUGAUACGCCUUUUCGCACACCAGCAGAUGAAAAUGCUGGUGGUUCAAGCUCGGAGCUUGAGACUUGUGCCCUUCCUGGGGAAAGUUCCUCGAGUAGUAGGAAAGACAAUUCUGCCAUCACUGAUGAUGUGAAGCUGAAAGACGGUUGCUCUAUCACUGAUGAUGUGAAACUGAUGACUAAUAACCUGGAGGAAGCCCAAAUACAAGAACCUUUAGGUGGUAAAAAUGCUGAUACUGUAGCAAGCAUGGAUGUGAUGGAUGAUAAGCAAAGUUCAAAACCCCAACAAACUGAAAAUGACGACUACAAAGAGGCGGCUGCAGAUGAUUGUAAAAUGGAGGACAGCAAUGUCUGCAAGAAAAUUAACUUGAACAAUUCAACGGCCUCCUUAGGCAGUGAUUUGUUGCAGUUCUGUAACGUAGCUAAAGUGCCUACCAGGGCCCGUUCUUCUUUGAAACGAAGGCCCCCGUCACAAACUGAUCAAGGAGCAGUUGUCUCAUCUUAUUUCAAUUCAGAAAGCAAACCCGCUGUUGAUAACUUGGGUGUUGCAGAGAUAAAGGACAAGGCAGCAUAUAACUCCACAUCAAUUGGUUCCUCGUUUUUCGAUUCAGACAACAAGCCCAUGGUGGAUGCCGCGGAUGCAGCAGAUAUGAAGGACCGCGUAGAAUAUAAUCCCAUAUCAGUUGGUUCCUCAUUUUCGAAUGUAGAAAACAAGCCCGCCGUUGACGCCAUGAACGUAGCAGAUAUGAAGGACCAGACAGCAGAUGACUCCCGAUUAGUUGGUUCCUCAUUUUCCAAUUCAGAAAACAAGCCCACCGUUGACGGCAUUGAUGUAGAAGAUAGGAAGGACCAGGUGGCCUAUAACUCGGUCGGUAUCUCUUCGAGUGAGUCACAGCUGCAGGGAACUGGAUUAACUGGCCCUGAUGUUCCUGCAGUUGCUACCGUUAGAGACACCGAUGAGUUUGUAGAACCAGUUCCAACAAUUGAUGCGAAUCAAGAGGAAGGUGCUAACGUACGGAGCAUCUCAGGUGAAUCUCGUUUGCACCAAGAAGAGGUCGAGAAAUAUCCACCCGGCUUUGGUGAUAUGACUACUGAGAUGCCUCUCCAAGAUAACAGGGCAUCAUUUAGUGUCAGAAGUGUAUCAAUGUCCCCCGUAAGAGACUGUAAAGACUUUAAAGACCUCAUCGUCGUGGGUUCUAAGAGGCCCAGAGAGUGGCCAUCACCACGGAAUUCACAUGCUGAUGAUUACUUUCUCAUUCAGAACUUCGGAGGUGAAGCAUCAAUUUUAAAUGACAAGAACCUUCCAUCUGACGUGGAAAUGGCUUCUGUAGUUGAGCCACCUCCUAAGGUAGAUGACGCAACGAUGAUGCCAUCAAACGAGCCCCAGCUUGAGUCUUCGACGGAACCUGUUUUAUCAAAUUGUGGUAAUUUGCCUCAGGAAGAGAAGCAGCUUCUGCCUUGUUCAUUCCAAAUGUUUGACAUGAACUUUCCAGGAGCAAUUGCUGAUCCUAUUCUAGGUCACGUUUCUUCUGAAUUCUCUGCAUCAGAAGUUGAGCACGAGGCUUCUCAGCACAUCGGAUCUCUUGUAAGAGAUAUUUGUCAUAAUCGGAUGUACCCAUGCAAUGACUUCUUUAAUGAAACACCGGGCAAUGGCAAGUGGACCAGUUACGACAGCCUGGUGAAUAUCAAUACAAUAGAUGCUGGGGUCUUUCAUACUGCUUUGCGAGAUCUUUUCAGCAGGCUGCCUUUGGUUCGAAGACUCUAUCAAGCCAAAAAUACAAAGCUCAACUGCCUUGUUUGCGUUGGUCUGAAUCAAGAGGCACAAGCCGCAUACUCAAGCUUGGAGGAUCUUCUUGAUCAUACCAGGAAUGCUGAUUGCCUUCCAAAGGUUCAUAGAGGCUAUGGUUCUGCCAUCACUGAUUUGCUUGACAUGGAUCUCUUAAGCAAUUCAUCUGCCGCUGCUAUUAAUGCUCUUCAUAGCGAUGUAUACCUUGGUUUCGGUGAGGUUCUUCCUUGUUAUGAUGAUCCAUUCUAUCUGUCUCUGGAAGAAAUUUCUGUGGAUAUGCCAGACCUAUGACCUUGUCAGUAUUUUGCAAAUCAUUCUUACUCUGUUUUGUCCCAAUUAGUCUCUAUGAUGGGUUCCAACUACUGUAGCCAAGUUAUGAGUAUAUUUUUGUGGAAUGAUGUUAGUCACGUCAAUGUAUCUCCUGUUUGUGGUUGUGAAAGGAUGUCCUUUUGUUAGAAAUAUGGUACUAAUCAAAUUACAUGAAUACCGGGGCAGUCUUAUUUCUGGUCUUUUACUACUUCA